CGCCGCCGCCUCUUCAUCUGCGGCCCACCGGCGGCGGCCGCCCCGAGGCCCCGCCCCCUCCAUCGCCUCCUGCAUCAUCACUUCCGAUGACAACAGCAACACGACGAGAAGUUCUUGGCCUCUACCGCAGAAUAUUUAGGCUUGCGAGGAAAUGGCAGGCAGCAUCAGGGCAGAUGGAAGACACCAUUAAAGAAAAACAGUACAUACUAUGUGAAGCCAGAACGCUGUUCGGGAAAAACAGAAACCUCACAGAUCCAGACUUGAUUAAGCAAUGUAUAGAUGAAUGCACGGCCAGAAUUGAAAUUGCUCUGCAUUACCAAAUACCUUAUCCGAGACCGAUUCAUCUGCCUCCAAUGGGUCUUACCCCACUCCACGGUCGACGACUUCAAAGACAGGAAAAACUGAGGAAACUUUCCAAACCAGUGUAUCUCAAGUCUCAUGAUGAAGUUUCCUAAUCCAGAAGAAAGUUUAUUUCCAAGAAAGAUGAGCCAAUUAAGUCUUGAAUGUAAACCAGAUGACAAAACCCUUCUGGAUUUGGGUCAGAAUCCAAAUAUGUAAUUUAAAUCUCCAAAAAUAUUGAUAUUCUCCCCCCCAUCCCGUAUGAAUGUUCAUAAUCUCUCUGCAGUUCCUAUCUCUUGGCUCUGAAUGGCUCACACCAACUCUCAAGGUCCUGGACCCCACAUCCUUGCUCAAGAAUCACUGGGGAACAAGACAGGUCUACAGGAGGAAGAUUUCCAAGGACGUUUUUUUGGGCAUCCCAUCUGCCAGACAUGCCACUGAGAUGAAAUUCAUUGCUGGCGGUUGUCACAGCUACUAUGAAAUUUAUAUGCCACCCUUGGAAAAUUUAAAACUCAAGUUAUAGAUUUGCUUAAAAAGUGGGUUUGGGAUACCAAAGAUUUAGUCCAAGGACUAAGGCACCUACCUACCUUGCACAGAGUCGGGCGUAGCCUGACCAAAAUGACACCUCCCCGAAAUAAUUGGGGUCUCUGUGUGUCUGCUUUAUGACAUCUUUAAUACACACACACACACACACACACACACACACACACACACACAUAGAUUAAACUUCCAGAUAAAUCACCUUAGAAAAGUGCAUCAUUAGAUUGAUGGUGGUUUUUCAUAGAAAUUUUAUGAGACCUAUAUCCCCACAAAGUGCAUGUCUUAGUUAAGUACAGAUGUUUAUCUUAAAAGUCAGAGUGUGGGAUGGAGAAAUAGUACAGGUACUUGUAUUAUGGUUUGAAAAACUCAACUACUAUAUUCAUUAUAAGUGCAUUACUUACAUAAAAAGUACAAUGGCAGGGCUGGAGCAAUAGUACAGUGGGGUUGGGUGCUUGCCUCAUGCAUGGCUGACCAUGUUCAUUCAAACCUCAGAACCCCCAAGCUACGGGGCUCCAAGUUCCACCCAGAAUAAGUCUUGAGUAUACCUGCGUGUGUCUCAAAAAUCAAAUAGAAAUGGGGAGAGGGGGGUAAUUAUUUGGUCCCCCCCAGCAUCACCAGGUACAAUUCUGAGCACUGAGUUGCCUUCAAGCACCUUUAGGUGUGACCCCAAAACCAAAAGUAAGUGGGACAAAUAAAGAUUAAAACACAAUUUCAAUCCUGACGUGUCCAGUGACAAGUCUUAUUUUUACUUGUCACUGGGUGUCAUUCCCUAUUACCUCUAAAGAAGAGGUAGGAAUACCAAUAAAGGACAACUUGUUGCUUUCAGUCUAUUUUCGAAAGUGGCCACAUGACAUUGUUGAGAAUUUCCUACUCACACCUAGAUUCCCUUGGCCCACAAAUCUUGUGUUUCAACAUAAGCCUGAGUUAAGGCCUGGGUUUGGUUUAGUUUGGGGGUGGAGGGUAGUAAUUUGUCUUGGAGGUUUUCUUGUUUGCUUUUUGUGAUUGCAAAGUAUGUGAUUUUCCACUGAACCACAUCCACAUUAAUAUAUUUCAUUCUCAAAACCUGCUCCCAUAAUAAGCAGGAGUAUACUGUCUUCACACUGUUAGCAUUUCAGGUUUUGGCAAUAAUAUACAUUAUCAGUGGAGAAAUAGCAUGUUGAACACAAAAGUGGUCUUCGGUGAAAGAAAUUUUAAUGUUUGAAAUGUGCUAGCAGGUUGUAUGACCACUGGGUGAGCAUACACCCUAGCCUCGCUUGAGUCAAGGUGUGAAUCUGCUGCUCAUCACUUUCCUUCCAUUUCGGCUCAUGGAAUCAUUUCCCUGCCCGAAUGAUGGAGUCUUUAGUGGUCAUUUCUUACAUAACAUAGAGCCUGUGGGCCACGGCAGCUACUUCAUUUCAUAGUCAACCAAUGAGACUGAUCUGUUCUUGCACUGGAGGGAAAUCUGGCUGUGGACGGAGGGAAAUAGCUUUCUAAGUAUGGAAGGUGAUUCUGACUCUUUUUAUUUUUAGUCUUACUCUGUCAAGUGUAACAGUCGCUCUUCCCACACGGCCUCAUCCAAAAGCUAAGUAAGUCUCCCUUGUGUUGACCUCAGGUCAAAAAGCAUUCAGUUAUUUCACCAGUUUUACUGGUGAAAUUUGGAAAGUGCCAUGUCAUGGCAUGACACUCGUGUACUUCCCCUGGAAUCAGCUCUGCAGUCCCUUUGGGAGUGGUCCCUGCUGGGGAGAGAAAACUUCCUUCUUCCACUAAACGAAGUAACACUAGAAAGCAAAUAAGAAUUAUAAGCCUUGAUUUGGAUACUAUAGUUUGCUACCUUCUUACCUUGUUUUAGUACGGUUUCUGUAAUUUCCACUUUUAUGGAUUCUGAGUAUCACCUUUGCCAGGAAUGCUACCUAAAUGUGAAUUUUAUAUGCCCAGUUUUCUUUGGAGAGAUGUUAGAUGCUAUUACAUAAAUAUAUAACUGUCAUCUUA